AUGGACGCUCUGCCCUCCCAGCUCGCGCAGGCGCUGCAGUCUGUGCAGCCUGUGCAAGUGCAACCCUCCCCGCGCCGACGAGCUGGACUCGCGAGCCUCCCAGCAAACGUCCUUUGGCGCAUCUGCGAAGAAACACUCGGGAUCUACGACUGGAGAGGGCGCGACGACAGACGCCAGGCGGACACCCUCAGCCAGUGCUGUAAAGCCUUGCGCGCGACCCUCGCCGAAGCCGAGCACCUCCGCGCGGCGUUCCACACCGUGUCGAUCCUCCCCUCGCCCGACGGGCUUCGCUUCCUCGCGGGCCUCGCUGCGGGCCCGUACGCCCGGCACGUCCGGCACGUCACUAUCGCGCGCCAGAUCCCUGUCCCCGGGUUACGGUCACUACGCGCCGCGACGCUCGCACUAUUGGGCUUUGGACCGGGCAGCGAGGUCGCGGUCGACGACCACGGCGUGGACGGCAUGGAGACGCCGCUCGCACGGCAGCUCGCUGACGUGUUCUGCGCGCUGCCGUCUCUCGAGGGGGCGGGGGUUGGCUUGGGAUACGUGCCCCUGCCCCGCAAGAGUGAUGGCCAAGCCUCCGGCUUUAAAGAACCCCGCAAGAAACCGGACAAGAUGCCCUUCGGACAGCGCACUGUCCUGUCUGGUCCCACCGAUGACUACAUCCACGACGUGAUAUUUCGCGGGGUCCUAAGCAGCGGCGGCAGGACGACCUGUGACGACACUUAA